ACGUAAUACUAAUAGUACUCCUGACGCGGCGAAAACCAUCAUGGCGGACUGAUCAAAUAUAACGUUUCUAGAUCGCACGUUGUAACGGCAAGUUUUCCGCCCUUUCCGAGUUUUGUCAGCCUAUCCUUCCAAUGCCAAAUGUUGGAGAAAUGUCUACGCUCCUUGAGAACGACGACGGUUUUGACUUUCUGUUUAAAAUCGUGUUAAUCGGCGACGCGGGAGUGGGGAAGACGUGCGUGGUGCAGCGGUUCAAGUCGGGGACGUACAUGGAGAGAUGUGGCAGCACCAUCGGCGUGGACUUCACCAUGAAAACGGUCACCAUCGACGACAAGCGGGUAAAGCUACAAGUAUGGGACACAGCCGGUCAGGAAAGGUUCCGCACCAUCACGCAGAGUUACUAUCGGAGCGCCAACGGUGUCAUCAUCGCAUACGACAUUACCAAGAAGGAAACGUUUGACAACGCAGUUCGAUGGUUGGAAGAUGUCAAGAAGUACGCAGGGCCUAAUGUCGUCAAGCAGCUUGUGGGUUGCAAAAGAGACUUGGAAGAAAUGCGUGAAGUGAACGUAACAGAAGCCAAGUCCUUUGCAGUUCAAAACUGCAUGUUUGAUGCCUUGGAAACAUCAGCCAAGGAGGACACUAACAUUGAGGAAUGUUUCAUCAGGAUAGCCAAGGAACUAAAGAAACAACAUGGCGGUACAGCACUCCAGGGAGACAGGGAUGCUGGGAAAAUUGUGAUGGGAGAGUCCAGGAGGGUGGACGGGGGAGGGUGGGGUUGCUGUGGAUAAACUUAAAGUCCCGUAAACAUUGUGAUAUAGUUAGGAAACCAAACAUUGCAUUAUAUGGUGGAUAACAGGUAUCCAAGAAGAGAAGAUAGAGUUCAAAUUAUAUUACAUGACUCUGAUUUAACGUGACUCAAUUUAAAACAGGUUUAAGUAUACGAAAAAGGAUUUUUGUCUUCAGUGACAGGGAAGAUGGUUAGUUUUAGCAGUUUUGGAACGUCUGGACUGCUUGUCUUGUCUACAGUAUGUUAUCGUUGCCUUUUGUCUCCCACAUAACUGCCAUCCAAAAUGUGCCAAAUAUUGGUAUUGCUGCUGCAUGGCAAUUCGUCCUACUAGGUGUGAAACUCUGCUUUUCAGUGUCUUUGAAUCAGAAUGAAAGAAGUCAAGGAAAAAAAUAUAUUCUGUAAUGAUCCUGUGAUUGUGACACUAGGGCUGAUCUGCUCAUGUAAAAUGUGAGCAUGAGUGUUGUUUAUCAUCUGAUAUGAACAAGUUCAACUGUUCUCAAACACAAGAUGUUGGUUUGAUGGUUGAAGAUAUGAAGGUUUCUACUGGUGAGAACAAUGCCAGAAAUGUGUCAUAAUGUUAGCUUGUGAUAAGUCAAAUAUCUCCACAAGUGCCAAUUCAUAUUAGCCAUGUUUCUAACGAGAAAAUUUUAAUGUAUUAAGAUGCACAUGUUCUUUAGUUGCCAAUGUGAGAGGCUGAUGACCAAAAGAACUUCUCAAAAUGUGCAACUGUCCAAAAGGACAAUUUUUAGCUGAGGUAAGUCUGAUGAAUGAGUUUAUUAGAUUCAGUUGAGUUUUUCUUGGUUUUGGUGUUACUGAAAACUUGCUGCUGGUGGCAAUGUUGUAUUCUUGCUUACAUAGCUUGAAAUGAAGCUCGUGUGACUAAACAAAUUUCUUUCAAUGCAAACUAUACUUAAUCCUAUUUUUCAGAGUGUUUUAUGGAAAUUCAAAAGAAACGUGGAAUUAUUUUUUGUUGCUGAUUUAGAAGUGGUACCAGUAUGUCUUAAUUUAUUUAAUAUUAUUAUCAUGGGUAUAAAAAUACUCAAUUAAUUUGAAAUUUUAGAAUUAUUGGUGGAAUGUGUUUGUAUAUAUCUGACCUCAUAGCCUGGCCUUAAAUGUCAUGGUGACGAAAUAUACCUGUCAAUCAUA